CAUUGUUUCUGAAUACCUUUUUUCUCUAUAGACUUCAGGAUAAUUUCAAACCAGAACCCCCACAGAUGAAUUCCCAUGAUAGAGAAUUCCCGGCAAUCCGGGCGUGUAUCUUCGACAUGGAUGGCCUUCUCAUCAACUCCGAAGACAUGAUAACGCAGUCAGUAAACGAGUUACUUCAAAAGUAUGAUCGACCUGUCUUCAAUCCAACAAUCCGAUCCAAGCUCAUGGGUAUCCCUGACUCAACCAACGGCGAUCUCUUCCACGACUGGGCCGAGCUCCCUAUCUCGCGCGAUGAAUUUGCCCGUGAAUCAAAAGAGCACAUGAGACUUUAUUUUCCGAGUUGCACGCCAUUACCCGGAACGGAGACACUUUUGUCAAAUCUCAUCCGUGCGAAAAGUGCUGCCUCCGGGCAGAAGAUCGAGCUCGCAUUGGCCUCUACAACUAAGACUUCUACAUAUGAGUUGAAGGUUUCGAGGCCGGAGACGAAGCGUUUGCUUGACUUUUUCGAACCGAGUAGGCGGAUCCUAGGGGACGAUUCUCGUAUCCGAGAGGGUCGAGGGAAGCCUGCGCCUGAUAUGUAUCUCCUUGCAUUGGAGGUUUUGAAUGCGGCUGUGUCGACCACAGGGGCUAAACAUAUCUUGCCAGAAGAGUGUCUGGUGUUCGAAGAUAGUGUCAUUGGGGUGGAGGCUGGUAGAAGGGCUGGUAUGAGGGUGGUUUGGGUACCGCAUCCAGAUGUGGAAGUUGAGUAUCAAGCGAGACAAAAGGAAGUAUUGGCGGGAAAGACGGGACUAAUUGAGAUCGGAGAUGACUGGCAGCUGGGGGAGAUUGAUGAUGGUUGGGCGGAACUUAUACCGAGCUUGGAAGAUUUCAAUUAUGAUAAGUACGGUAUUCAUCUACCGCUAUAG